AUGGCUGACGAGAUGGACGCGGAUAUUGAUAGUAAGUCAAUCUCAUCAACAUAAGAUUCUUGAAGUGUCACUUGGCGAGAGAUUCCGAGUUUACCUGAAUUAUCUGGCUGGAAAUCCUCGGCCCAACGAACUUGUUGUGCUUGGAGCAGGGAGGAUGUCUCAAUGUUUGAUCGAUGCGUUUGUAGCUAAGGGUAAGUCUUAUGCUUGUUUUCCGUACUUUUAGAAUGUUUCUCGAAGUCAGAAGUUGUUCCGGUGACUCAGUCCCAAAAAUCUGUCUCAAAAUGGAUUGACAGAGGAUUUGAGAGGGCUUGUACACUUACUUCAUACAUCCAAAGUCAACCGCGUAUGUAAUACAAGUACUGAAGAUUUGGCCCAUUUUUGUCCCCAGACCGGUUUUGGUUUUGUCCCCAUUUUUUAAUUUUUUGUCCGCAGGAUGAUUUUGUCCCCAAACCCGUUGCGGCUGGGCUCAUUGUGUAUCGAUCGGAUGCGCAAAAACACAUUUUUAGAAUUUUCUAUUGUAUAGUAUUAUACAAGGUGAUACUAAUCAGCAGAGGUAAAAAUUGACAUUGAUGCUGUUGUUUUGAUACCCAACACUGACCAAAAAGUUCACAAAAAUAAUUACGUGCUAUAUAGGGUUUUAGCAAUAGGUAAAAUUAUAAAAAGAUGUCCUAUUGUAAGUCUUUGCCAUAUCUCCGCCGAGUCUUCACCGAGCAUCCGCCUUCCAUCUAACGGACUUUCCUGGUUUCGUGGGCACGUCUUACAACUUUUUUUUGGGUCUCCGCGUGUACGCAUCGUACCGAUCAGUUUUGCGUUGACCCGAACUGUCGUAGACCUGAAAAGUCCGGACGCUAUGUAGUAUCAAGUGUUAAAACUGUGUUUUUGCGCAGUGCUGGUUAUCAAGCUAACAGCAUUGGCACAUUUUGGCCUAAUUCUUACCUCGUACUAUGUAUUAUUACGUGCUACUAGGCGUUCCAGAAAGUGCGUGGUGCGAAAAAAAGAGCGCACUGUGCUUUCGAUUGCCCUUUUCAAAACAUUUUUUGCACUGUGCGGGGUUGCUUGCACCGCCUAGUACCUCAAUAAAAUCUGUACUAUGACAAAUUCCGAUCGGUGCACAAUGCACCCUAGCCACAACUGGUUUGAGGACAAAAACGUCUUGGCGACCAAACCAGUCUGUGAAUAAAAACAACCGACAAAUAGUGGGGCCAAAAACGUCACAUGCGCUACUGCUACUGAAAAUAAUAGUUUUCAGCGAGUGCCAACAGAAUUAUAAUGAUUGGGGUGAAGCCCCAAAUCAGAACGGAGUUGUUUGAUGUCUUGGCAGUCGCCCGAGAUCUCAAAUUAGAGGCAGUGAUGAUCUUGUCCAUCUUGGCCGGAGUUACGCAUACUACGUUAACAAAAGAGGUAACCCCCUUUCCCAAAUAUGUAGUGUUUUCUUUAGUUAUCCUUCCUCGGUCCAAUCCCGGUCGUUAGACUUAUCCCAAACAUUCCCUCUGAGAUUGGAGCUGGCGUUACAUUGCUCUACACCAACAACGAAUAUGUCUCCAAAGUAUCGUCUGCUCUCCUUAGAGCUGCAGGAGAAGUGUUUGUUCUUCCGGAGAGCCAAUUCAAUGCAGCGGCGGCUGUUACUGGCUCAGGGCCAGCCUUUGUCGGGCUCUUGGUGGAAGGUUUGGCUGAUGGAGGAGUCCUGGCUGGAUUACCUCGAGAUAAAGCCUUUGAAAUGACAUUGUUGAUGCUGAAGGGGUCCAUCCAACUAAUGUUGGAGACAGGAAUUCACCCAGGUCAAUUGAAGGACAAGGUCUGCUCAGCGGCUGGGACCACAAUUGCUGGGGUCCGAGAAUUGGAGAAAGGAGGUAAGGAGAGUAAUAUAAUGAGAAAUAUAUGUUUAGGAGUAAGAUCGGCACUGAUUGAGUGUAUAAAAGCCACUAGCGAUCGUGCCUAUGAACUUGGAAAUGUUGAUGUUAAUAAGAAAUAA